AUGGAAUGUUAUGAUAAUGCAAGUGACAAUGUCCAACUUCUGGUGGAGACACCACGAGGACGAACAGCCGUUGUCUCAUUACCAAAGACUGAGCUACUAGUAGAAGAUGAAAUUGGCUACAAUGAGUUGCUGUUCCAUCUGCUACAGGCGGCCAAGCGACGGGAUUUGGAUCAUGAUCUCGUUGUCGAUCCUGACGCUGAAUGGACAGAGGAUUCAACAAGACAUCUGAUGCUGAUUCACAAUGGACGAAUUGUAGACCCCAAUCUAUUUCCCUCUUCUGCAUUAUUUCUGGAUAGUGACUCCCUCGUUUCCUUGCAAUUGAAAUGUCGUGGCCGAGGAGGCAUGGAUCGUCAGAACCGAGUCGGUUCCAAAUUUGGAGGCGGCGGUGUGAGUUCUAGCCAAAAUGCGGAACGAGAGCGCAAGGAGCGACUCAAACGAUUGGCUUUGGAAUCGAUUGAUUUGGCCAAGGACCCGUACUUGAUGCGCAAUCACUUGGGGACUUACGAAUGCAAACUCUGUUUGACGUUGCAUACCAAUGAAGCCAACUAUUUGGCCCAUACGCAGGGCAAGAAGCAUCAACAAGGUCUGGCCAAACGAGCGUACAUGGAAAAACUAAAACAAGAAAAAGAACAGGCACAACAGGGAGGCAUGCUGUCGUCUUCGGCGGCGGUUAUCCAGCAACCCAAACCCAAGAAAAUUCGAAUUGGACGACCCGCCUAUCAAGUCUUUAAAAGUCGAGAUCCAACUACCAAUCAACGAUGCCUGAGUUUCGAAUUGCAAUAUCCAGAAAUUGAACAGGAUUUGCAACCACGUCAUCGAUUCAUGAGUGCCUUUGAACAACGGGUCGAAAGUCCACCCGAUCGUCGAUUCCAGUACCUCCUCUUUGCGGCCGAGCCCUAUGAAACCGUUGCCUUUAAGAUCCCCAACGAGUCCAUUGAUAAAGGGCAAGAUCGAUUCGUCACGCAUUGGGAUGAUGACGAUAAAAAGUUCACUCUGUCUCUGUAUUUUGUGGAACAACAAGCAACAACAAACGAAGAAGGACAACAACAGCAAGAGCAACAACAAGCUGGGCAGCAGUAA